AUGCUACAACAUACCGACUUUACCAACGAUCCCUCCAACGAUUUCAUAUCACUUGUCUUCAUGCUUCCAAUGUGUCUCGAUGACCACGAACACGUCCACUCCCUAACGCGAAACUCCGAUUCUGCUUCCUGCGCACAAAUGAAAAUAAUGAAUCUCCAGACCCGAUUGUGGCUGGACACAGACGCGCUCAAAGACGUUCUCUACUGCGCUACCCCGCGCCACGCAACGAAUAUCAUGUCUACUCCACAGACUAUGACUACCGACUCAUGA